GUCGGGACGCGUUACUGGAGCACCGGGACGCUAUAGAAAGUGCGACCGGGUAAAAUUCUAUAUGCGUAUACGGGGAACGCGUCAUUUUAUAUAGUGAGUCCCACAUAAAAAUAAUAUGGUAUUAGAAAUUUAAUUUUGCAAAAAUAAUUAUUAAAAUAGUAUGCCCCAUUAACUGAUUUUUUUACAUAUUUUUUAUUGCAACUCUUAUUAUUUUAAAUAGUGCAUACCGUCCUCAACCGGGUGACUUCAUCCAAAAAAUUAACUUAAAUAAUUCCUACUGUGAAUGGGGCUUAAAUGUCACUUGUCAAUUUGCAUAUUUGUCAUUGGCUGUCACUGGCAGUGUCAACAUUUCAAUAUGGCGACCAGUACCGUAAACGUCAAAUGACUCAUUCCUGAAUUACAAAUAGAAUAAAUAAGAAAAUUGUCAUUAAAAAUGUAAAUAAACUAUUUACAUGUUUAACUGUAAAUGUAAUUCGCACUCUCUAAAAAACAAAGACCAAAUUGUUUUUUAUUUUGGUUUGUUUCUAGCGAGAAAUCGCGUUACACUUUGAACAAUUUGUGAGAGAAAUUAGCACAGAACUAUGUUUUGAAUUUUAUUUUAUUUAUUGAUAAUGCGGGUCCAAACAGCUUGAGGAAGAAUAAAAUAUUACUCGAUAACAUAAAAAGGCUUUGGGACAAGUCUAGGGGCUACAUAACACAACAAUAAUAAACAAAAUUAAUAAGUCAUGGAGUGAAUGGUGGGCCCUGUGCAAUGGAAUCACCUCCAUCUAGCUCCAGUUGGUCUCAACCAUUUAUCUUGAGUGAUGAUAGUGGCCUUCUAUUGACAACAGGGUCUUUUUCAAGUGGCAACACUAGUUUUGAAAGUAGAAGUGAACAGAGGCAUUUUAUAUUUGAAGAUAGCGAUUGUGAGCCAGGAUCUCUAUCUCAAGAUGACUCCCUUGAUGGCAUGUCUGAUAUCAUGUGUGGAGAGAAUUUUAAUACAUUAAAAAAAGGUCCACAUUGGAAUGAAGUGAAACAGACUGCAUCACCAAUUGAGCCACCUUUGGAGUUUCAGGAUCAGCCAAGAAUUGUGUCGCCAGCACCAGUGGUUGAUUUCUUCUGUGAUAGGUUAACACACCAGAUUUUGAAAAGGGUUAUGUUGGAUCUUAGAAGUGAUGGUCACAGCUAUUCAAGGUAUCACUCGUCAUCCAGCCUAGAACAACAACACCCAAUAUCGCCGCCUCCCUUGCCAACACGCACCAUCCACAACAAACAACCCCCGAUCCGCCCCUUGCCCGAGCGUCCCGCGGGAUUUACCCGCACUCCCAUAAUUAGCAAAUCUGCCAUGUACCUCGGCCACUCCUCCCCCCAGCGUCACCCUUAUAACCAAUCGUAUCCGAGUCCAACCUCGAAUUUUGCCAGUUCCGCCUCAAACUUUGCCAGUUCCGCUUCACCUUACGUGAGCCACACCCCCAGGCCGUCCUCUCGUUCCUCCUUAGGCGGUUCAUCACGCCUAAGCUCCUCCCACAAUUCCUUAUGUGUAUCGCAAGCUCGUAGGGUUGACGAUUCCAGUUUUAUCACGCAGGCCGUGUCACAUGACACCCUCUCAUCCAAUCAGAUCAGCGACUUGUAUAACGUACCUUAUGACAGUGACAUGUAUGCUGUCCCGGUGGACGUGGUCAAGCAGGGCGGGGUUAAGCCUAAAAGGGGUGGGGCUUAUAGCACUUUAAGUGGCAACUUGUUGACAAGUAAAAAGAGACGGAGGAAUACAACUUCUUUGGGGUUGAAAGAGAAUGCGAAAUGUGAGGGGCGGGACAGUAGGUGUGGCCAGCAGAGAAACGGAAGGAAGAGUGUAGCUAGGAGUGAACAAUAUCAGUCAGAUACAAAACGGCAUAGUGUGGCAGGUACUUCAACUGGUAAUGGGAAUGAACCAAUUCAUAUGACCUUACAAGAAGUUAGAACUUAUUUACAAACUUUAUACUCCAGUAGUUCCGAUUCCAGUGAGAAAGAGGUGAAUUAUAGAAGGAAAGAUUGCAUAACUAGUUACACUAGCAAUAAUAACAAUAUUAACAUUAACAAUAAUAAAUAUAAUUCAAGGAAUAUGGGAAAUAAUCAGUUAAGUAAUAAUAGGCCUAAAAAGUCGACGUUCUUGAUUAGCAUAAAAAAUAAAAAGGUGAAAGAUAGCUGUGAAAAUUCGAAAUCGUUGACAAUAUCCCCCGUUAAGAAAGAAGUGAAGAAACGGAAGGUUUUUAGUUUUAAGCAGGCGCUGUGCAAUUUGUUUCGCUUCCGGAGAUUUUUGUCUGUUGAAGAAAAAACCGAUAAGGCUGACAGUGAAAAGAUUCACUACGAACUGGGUGCUAAUAACAUAGAAGACAUAAGAAAUUCUUUAACUACAAGAGCUCUACCUCCAUUGCCAAAAAAAGAAGAAGACAAAACACCUGACACAGACGAUGGAGCUAUAGAUUUCGCUACUAGCAUACAGAGAGUCAAAGACUAUGGGUGGUACUGGGGUCCGCUAUCGAGCGAGGCGGCCGAAAAAAUUCUGUCCAACGAACCGGACGGAUCGUUUAUAGUCCGGGACAGCAGUGACGAUCACUACAUUUUCUCGCUUACUUUUAAAUUGAAUAAUAGCGUGAGACACGUUAGGAUAGAACAUUUUCAAGGAAACUUUAGUUUCGGUAGUUGUACGAAAUUUAAGUCUCAAACGAUAGUGGAGUUUAUAGAGAACGCGGUGGAACAUUCCAGGAGCGGUCGAUACUUGUUCUUCCUACACCGGAGGCCUGUUAUUGGGCCAGUUAGGGUGCAAUUGCUCCAUCCAUUUUCCAGGUUUAAACAGGUGCAGAGUUUGCAGCAUAUGUGCCGGUUUGUAAUUCAUAAAAAUGUAAGAAGAGAUCUGAUCCCCGAACUCCCGUUGCCGCGACGCAUGAUAGACUAUCUUAACACCCCACACUACUAUUCGGAACGAUUCGUCGAUUUGCCAGUGAACCUGGACGAUAGUAAUCUACCAUCUUCCGGAGAGAAUACUUUCAGUGGACAUUUCGUUCCACCUGCGAUCAGCAACGGCGGCACACCGAAUCCGGACCGCAGAAGCGCCCUCUCGGCCAACUCCGAUCGUUCCAGCCAUCAGCCCGUAAUACCCGUCAACGAAUAUAUCGUUUUAAAUAGCCAUAAUGUCAGAAACUCUUGAAAUCAAUAAGCAACUUUUGCGUUCUUGCCGGUAUCGAGAACUAAUAUAAAUGUUCUCAUAAUUGUGUGCAAUUUUACGAUGUUUUUUUCUUUGGGCCGGUGUUUUUUAAAUGUGGAAUAUGUAAAAGGGAUUAUUAUUUUAAUUAUCGUUCAGUUUCGUUUUGGGAUUUCGUUACUACCUCGGAAUAUUUUAAAUUAGUUAUGGAACAAUAUUUAUAGACAUUUGAAUUUUUAUGUCAAAAUUUCAAAUUCUUUUAUGCAGAUCUUAAAAAGGAGCAAUAAGUCAAGUUAACUAUACCAAUCACACAAACUUCAAGUCUUUGUAAAGCCAUUUUUGUUCUUUUAGCAAUUUUACCGAACAAUUUAAACUCACUUUAUUGCUUAGCAUUGAUGCAAAAUAUAUUUGAAGGGUACAGGGAAAAAACCAGAUAUGUCUUUUUUUUCACAUUAGAGUAAAUUGAAUUUUAAUGUUCAAAACCAAUUAUUUUUAUUUCCAAAACGAAUAUAAACAUGUUUAUAGUUUAUAUAAAACAGAAGUUAAUAUUAUUAUAAAGUAUUAUGACUAUGGUUUUUUGGUUCAGAAAAACUAAAUACGGCUUUAUUGCAAAAAUAUCUGCAUCACUCAGGGUUUUGCGGGAACAAAAGCAGCAAUAUCACCUGAAACCGACAAAAACCAGCUGCUUUUAUUUUUGAAAUAAAAAAGAAGAUUUAAUUUUUUGGAAUUUUUAAUGUUUAUUCAUCAACAUAUUAUUAUAAAGUAAGUUAGAGAUGAGCCAGGUUUUGAAAAAAUGUCACGGCUUUUGGACUGCAAAACCUCAUGAGGCUCAUUAGGUCGUUAAACUUAGCCUUUGGAAUUGGUAAGAACCUGUAAAAAAAUUACAAAAAUUAAUACAUCUCAAUUUUAUUUAAAACUUUCUUAUAACUUACCAUAGUAUACCGGAACGGGCAGCAAAAAUUCUCCGCAUCUUAAAGCUAAAUUUCGGUCAAAGCGUUUUCGUAUUAAUCCAGACAAAACUGGUCCAUUGUAUGUUGAACGGUAGUAGAUAAGGCUGCUAUGAUGCCACUAUUUCCUUCAAAAUCUGGAUUUUAAAUGGGCAUUUUUGUAAAUAUAUUGUAUCUAAAAAUGAUUUCCAAUCCAGUAUGCGAUUUUUAUUUCAUUCAGAUUAUGAAUUUUUUUGUUUACUACAAAAUGAAUAAAUCGAAAAAUGGUAAAGUUUUUAUUUUGUCCUCGGCAGAGUCACAGAAGAUUUGCAGUUCUUUAACAUCGUCGUCGAAAUAAUUAUUGAUAAAAUGGAGAAGAAAAGAUGCAACUCGUUUGAUCCUUUUUUAGCCUCUCCUUCGUGAUAGGUAUAAAAAAAUAGAUUGACCCGAAGAGAGGACAUGUACACUAAAGGCGUACAUAGACAAUUGGCGUUUAUAAUACACGUCAUGUUAGUGGCAAUUUUAGGAAUUGAAAUAUUUUUCGCAAAAUCAAUGCAGAUGGCUUCCUUUUUGUUGCUUUUUUUGCAGCUUUUUUGGCUUGCCUUUUCCUUGAAUAAAACGCAUCAGCCUUUCUUUUAUGCAACUCGUUCAUAACGGUUAAUUCUCUAAUUUCUUCAAUAUCAGUCAAACUUUUAAGCUUAAUUUGAAAUUCAUCACACGUUGUGCAGGUGUCACUUCUAGGGUAUCCAAAAGCAAUAUUGAAUUCUUUAUUAAAGAUUGUUCUGUACGUUUCAUACGAGACUCUAGCAUUUAGAUGCUUUUCCUUAAAGAGGUUAAACAUCUUUUUGAUUGUCUUUCUUCUGGUAAUUACGUCUUUUUUGUAUCUUUUAGACUAAAGUGGCUCUGACGACCCUUAAAACCUUUGAUGUGGUCACAUACCAAACCUUUUGUUAAGUCGUCCAGCUUCCUAUGAGUUAAGCAGUAAUAUCCAAGAAUCAUUGAGAAAUACUAGUGUUGACAGGAUAAAGACCGAACAAAUGCCAUGGAAAUUUAUUUAAUAUUAGAAUAAAAAGAGUAUAUUUAAUUCAGUGGAUUUAUAAUUAAAACAAAAUUAUAUGUUACGAACCAAACCAUACAAUUAUUUCAAAUAAUUCCCAAAAUAUUAAGUCCCCUUAAAAGGUAAUAAAAGUUAGUAAACAGAGGGAGCUGCGUUAAUAAAUUCUACCUCAUAUUUAGUACUUUUUACAGGAGAAGAGAACAUUCAAAUUUUUGAAAACCCUCAAUUUAUUUUGUUUUUAUUGCUGAAUAUUCUAAUAAUAAUAUACCUUAAUGUAUAUAAAAAUCGAAAAUAUGGGACACGUAUUGAAAAUGGUAUCAUUUUUCCAUUUUAAGUGACUUAAGAUACCUUGAUUUUGUAGCAAGUAUAGUAUAUGUCCAUGCCCAGAAUUGAGUAAUGAGACCUAUGUAAAAAAUUUUAGUGAAAUAAAAAAGGACCAUGAAAUGUAACAUUAUUUUUAAUUAGGAAAAGAGCUUCUGAAGCAUAAAAUGUUCGCUGAAGACAAACUAAAAAGAACAAAAAAAAAAAUCCCUAGUAAUAAUAAUAAAACUGGAAUCGUGAAAAAUAAUAAUUAUUCAGAAUCUGAAUCUACUUCAUCGUUUUUAUUUUCACUGUAAGGGACUCUCUGAAAAAAGUCGUAGUGUUGAGAAGGUAUAACCAGCAAAGAAAAUUGAGAAUAUCAUAGUUUUUGUUCUUGAUCGAAAGUAAAGUUUGAUACAAGCGUUUCAUUAAGUAAUCGGUUUUUUUCUGCAUUAUUUUCCUUCCUUUUUGUAAUAAAUUUAUCGAAUUGGAUUUUGAAGUUUUAAACUUAUACUCGAACAAGAUUGUAUCCAAAUUCUGCGGGUUCGUCGUUCGUUUCUGCCAUUUUACUUUUUCGUUAUUAGCAUCUUUAUCCCAAUUUAGAGAAGUUUGUAGUUGCAAGUCUUUUAAAAAAGUUGCAAGUCUUUAAAUUUAAACUCUUUUUAUUUCCUGAACCUUAUAUGGAGCAUUAUUUCUUUAGGAAGUGCGAACCAAGGUAUACCAUUGGUCCGGUAAAUAUAUCGGAAUAUUUUUGGAGGUGCGUUCUAUUAGGCUAUGUACGGAAUCGCUUUCGUUCUAUGUAUGGCCUUUUUUUAAGUAACAGCCGAAUUUUAAUGUCAUGUUUGUUUUAAAUAAUUAAACUGUAGAGAUAUUUAUUCCGGUUUUUGUCCAGAGCAAUUAUUGGAAUAAAAGGAAAAUUCAUUUUUUAACUUGCACAUCUAUAAAUAAUAGAGGACAACUUCCGAUGCACCUCCCCUAGCGAUUCCCUCAUAUCACAGGUUAACAACUACGUUCUUUUGAAGUUUGGGAAAGUCAAGUAGAAUAAUAACACGUAUUCGGCAUAAGAAAUAUAUUAAUAUCUGCUUAGCGCUUUCGGCCGUAGGUCAUCAUCAGGACUAUGACUUACAGGAAAACCGAAGACCAUCGUUGUACAAGUGGUUCCUCAUUUUAAAAAACUUAUACACUAAAUAGAACGUACUUCGACCACUGAGCAAUAAGAUGCGAAUAAAUUAAAAAUGGUAGUUGUAUGUGGAUAACUUUAAUUGUAUUACAAAUUUGCAAGACCCAAUUUUGGCACAGGCAAGAUUUGUUUAAGGUCAAAUAUAGCUGCAGUUAUACUCGUCUUGUAGUUCAGUUUUUUGAUCAGCUGUAGAAUGUUCAUAUCUGUCAUACAAACAUCACACUGGUAUUUUUUUUAAUACCAGAAAUGAUUGUUAAAUUCACAACUAAAUAUUUGCCGAUAUAAAAAUUGUGCCUAUAGGUAUACCGCUGAACUUGCAAGGUGUAAAAUGUUGUAACUGUCACAAAACUGUAAAGAUGCAUACAUUGAAAGUAAGUGGUAGUAACAAUCGGUGGCUAUCUUUACGGCAGUAAUGACUUUCCAUUGGCACAACGGAACUUAUAUGCUGACGUACAGAUUUUUUAAUCUCUUCAGGCAAUUGACUGUUUUUUUAUAACCUUACCUCAUUUGUCAGAAGGAUUAGUAACAUUUCUAUACAUUUUUGAGUUUUUACGAAUUGAGAACCUAUAUUUAAUGUAUUAAGAAAAAAGGUUCCGCAUACCCACACCUCUUCUGGGGAGUUUACAUGCCGCAAUAUUUACAGCAAUUUUUUCAUUUUUAUCAGAUCUUAGCCGACAUCUUAAUUUUGGGAGAAAUUUAACGCGCUUCGCAAUAAAAUCCCUUUGCCUGUCUAUGUUGCCUGAGCCCCAAUGUUGAUCAAAUACUACCUUCUUAUUUUCUUCACUAAAUUUAGUUGAAUACCAUAAAAUGCAGGUACAUACAUGAACCUUUAAUUUCUCGAGCAUAUACAAUAUUGUUUUGCGUUUUUAAUGCAUUUUUCCACUAAUUCUGAAUUUUUUUGAUUUUAUUUUUUCUUUAUUCCCCUCGGUUUUCUUCGGUAUCCGUGCCUGUUCCUUCAGAAUUUUCAUAUUUUUCUUGUUGCGGUUUAUGUUCUGAACCAUUGUCUUGUCUCAUAAGGAUCUAAUGGAGAAAGUGAUUCUCUUUGGACACUGGUUACAUUAUGGGCAAUGGAAUUAUUUUGACUUUAAAUCUUUGGAAUGGCGUCAACCUCAGAUUGAUCAAUGGUGUAAUUUUGGAUUGGAAACAAUGCGCUGAAGGUUUCUUUAUUGGUACUGAGGUUGGGCAGUGCACAAUUCUCAUCAAGUUCCUGGAAUUCAUACAGUCAUCUGGAAAAAAUAAAAACUAAUAUUUACCUUCUCGUCAUCAAUAUAAAAAUAAUUUUUAAACAUUAUAAGAGCUGCUAACAAGUUAAUACAAAGAAAAUAUCAUAAUUUUGUUUCAUUUGAUUUCAUUAGAAUACUCCCAACAAGUUACGCCUAUUGAAUGGCGAGUAAUAGAAAACGAAAAAAAAUUCCCAAACAUCUAGCCUUAUAAGGAAACAAUAAUUCGCGACAUUUUUUUGUCCAGUAGUAUCCAAAUUAACUGGACAUAGGAUUGUUCUACAUAAAUUUUUUUGUAGCUUUUUAGAUUCAUUUUACAACAAAUUAUAAUACGAGUAUGAUAAGUGCAUAGGCACCUACGUAAAGAAAUCAUAGACAUUUUAUACCGUCUCUUGCAUAACGCGUAACACUUUGGCUCCCAAGAAAACCCUAGACACAUAAAAUCCAUAACCUCACAAAACAGCGAUACAAAAAUAUUCGAUUUUAGCUAAAAAUGUGAAGUUUUUACUUACCUGUUAAAGCAUUAGGAGCACCAGAUGCUGCUGCUUGAUUAUCAGCCCUAUUAAAAAUUUUACAGGUUCUGCUUUUAUACAUUUUCUCAUAUUCAGCUAAUAAGACAAACGUCUGUACAACGAUGGCUUUAACAGAGCAGGGCAAGUCUAUGCCCAGCGUUACAAUGAGAAAGUAUUGUGUGGCCACAUAAAAUACUUCUGCGUUUAAAUAUUUUAGCAGGUUCGGCAUAAGCUAGUUUGAUUGCAUCUAAUUUUAGACGUAAGGUCUAUAAAAAUAUCAGCAAAUUUUAUAACAUUUGAGCUGGGCGUUCAAACCUCAUUUUUGCUAAAAAUGGACCUCUGCAUUAACCCACUAUAAUUAAAACAAUUAUUUUCAAAUGAAGCAAAUAUGUAACUGCAAAACCAGACAUUUAUCCACUGCCCAAUAUCAUCCAUACCUAUAGCGGCUUAAUGAAAUUUAUGGUGGAAAGAAAUCCUGGAUGAAAAACUGAAUGAGAUUUUUUUACUAAUUAUUUUAAUAACUCUACCACUAUAUUCCAAUCGACAGAUAACACAUUUUAUCUGUUCUGGUAAUUUUUUUUACAACUUCCAAACAUUUUUCGGCAUAGCCCACGUCCAUUUCUUGUCAGAAAAUAAAACUAAUAUUUAUUAUAAUUUAUUAACAAAUAACGUAAUUUUAAGGUUAGCAAAGUAAGGGGUUUCUAUAUACAACCCGGAAUCUUGUAUAGAUAUACCGCAAUAGCCGAUAAGUUUUCAACCAAAGUUUUUUUAUUGUGAUCGAACUAAUUUUUAUUUAAAGUAACAUUAUAACGUAGGGUUAGUAGUUGCUUUAUAAUAAAUAUAUGGUAUUCA